AUGGCUGGGGAGGACCCUUCUGCGAUGCCGCCGACGUUGCCGAUGGCGUAUGGCGGGGGUGACUUGGAGAAGAACGUGGUGGAGGACGUGAAGUGGGCGGUGGAGGCGGAGGUGCGGCAUAAGCAGCCUUUGACCGUGUUUUGGGGUCUGCCUUCAGCUUCUCAGGCGGGGGACGAGGAGUUGAUAGAGGAGGAUUUGCAGGAUGAGAAGGACCGGCGUGGACAGACGAAGUUGAACUUGCCACCGAUGGAGUCGAUUCGCGAGACGGUGCUGUUGAACUAUUUGUGGAAAGAGUUGAUUUCGGGCGGGAAGAGCGGAAUGGACGGCGGCUUAUCGUGUGUGGGUACGAAAGAUCGUGGCCGGCGAUUGUCCGCCCAAUUUUGUGGCGGAGAAGCACAUACUCUCAUCGAGUUGAUACUGCUGCUCACGGUUUAUUGUGAGUACGAGCUGGUCGUCAUGCAUCUCCAGAGUGAAGAUCUCAUAAACCGUCACAUGGCGUCAUAA